AUGUCAAUAGUAGAUAAUAUAUCAGCGUUUGUUGAGGGGUCAUUGGUGGCUGGUGCAACCAUAUUUUGGGAUACUGCUUUGACGGCGUCUGGAUGUUCAGGCAGAAAGUACGCCGAAGAAUUACGCAAACGUUUCAUUUGGACUCCGAGAGGAAUUCGUGACUCGUUUUCCCCAAGCGUUGACGAUAUCGAGAUUUCCAAACGGGAUCAUCCAAAUAGAGUCGAAGAGCAUAUAAAUGUGUGUAAUGCUGCUCAGUUCGCUGGUGUGCAAUACUUUGGGCAAUAUUGGCGAACGGCUCCGCUGCCUGGAGCAACAGCUUAUAUUGAUGCGAAUUGGGAGUUUACUACCGGGCCUGGGGGAGACUUCAUUUUUAAAUUUUUACAAGAUCUUACGGAUGCUCUUAUUGCCAUUGAACCAGAAUUUGCACUAGGGGAGAUUGAGCUGGGAGAGGAACUUUAUGCUUUUUGUGAAGCAGCAAUAACUCAUAUGUGA